AUGUCCUCUUUACCCACUAUCUCACCCUCAGGUAAACAGUCGCUGAAUAAAUUGUUGAAGGAAACGGCCGAUCGAAGACAUGUCCCAGCUGUUUUCUACGGUGCUACCAAUGCGAAGGAGGAGAUCUACUUCAAUCAAUAUGGCGAGAAGACAUUUGGAGAUGAGUCAUCUGGUCAGAUAGACCCAGAAACCACUACGGAAUGCUUCUCUCAAACAAAGCUUAUCACGUGUAUCGCAGCUCUUCAGCUCGUCGAUCAGAAGGUCGUAUCGCUAGACAGUGCGGAGGAUGUAGAAAAGUAUCUCCCUGAAAUCACGGAAUUGCAACUCUUGAAAGGAUAUGAUGAGAACGAUAAACCAAUUCUCGCUUCACCGAAGAACAAAGUCACUUUGAGGAUGUUGAUGUCUCAUUCUGCCGGUUUCACAUACAUGUUCGGCCCAAAUGUUUUGUCCAAAUGGCACGAGCAAAAUCCCCUUCCUCCUCUGUUCGAUCCCAAGGCGACAGUCAAGUCGCUCUGUACGCCAUUUAUCUACGAGCCUGGCACUUCUUGGACAUACAGUCCCUCUAUUGACUGGGUCGGAAAGUUGGUAGAGAGAGUGACAGGACUAGACCUAGAAGAGUAUUUCCAGAAACACCUGUUCGAACCUUGUGGAAUUACCACUUUGACUUUCUACCCUACUGAGGGAAUCAAGAAACACAAAAUGUGGAUCUGUUAUAGAGACGCAGAAGGAAGGGUACAGAAGAUACCCGGGAACUUCGGUAUGAAUCGACCAUCCGAGGCGAAGGAUGUUCCAAAAGAGUUGCUAUCAGGAGGUGGAGGCUUAUACGGUACACAGAGAGAUUAUCUUACCUUCCUUCGACAUUUACUUCAAUGUGAUCCUAGCAGUCCACACCACUCGACCAAGCCACUCAUAUCGCCUGAAUCGUGGAAAGAGCUUUUUACCCCCUCCAUACCCAAGGGAGAAGGGUACGAUGGCGUGGAUAAGAUAGUGGAGAUGGUUACUAAACCUCAAUACAUCCAUCCUGCCCCUACUACGGAUAAUGUCAAUCACUCGGUCGGUUUCUUGUUAACUUCAGAUGAUUUCACGGAAGGUAGGAAAGCCGGAAGUGGAUGUUGGUCUGGAGCGGCAAAGACCCAAUUUUGGAUUGAUCCGAAAACUGGAAUUGCCGCCAUCUGCGCGACUCAACUCCUUUCACCUUCACCUGAUCCUUGGUACGCCUCGUACGUCCAGUAUGAGAGGGCUUUGUACGCUGCUCUGCAGUAG